UCGUCUUCUUGUUAUUUGUGAGAGAUUGCUGCAGCCGCGUUUGGCGCUGUUUUCUCGUUUGUAUUGUCAGUUUCAUAAAAAAGAUAAUGAGUUAUUACUGCUGCCUGCUACUAAUUAGUAAUUUCAUAAUAGUUAGUCAUACUGCGUAGGUACGAUAUAAUACAUUGUGAUUUGCGUUUGUCAUUUUUGUUCAAAGAAUUAAGUAGUUUCAUUUUUCUCGUUUUCCGUAUCGCGGUAUCGACUUGGUCAGAUCGCGAUUUUUCUAUAAGCGACUAAGCGACACAUAAUCAGAAGACAAAUAUUUAUUCGAGUCAUUUGUUUUAUUCCUCUGAGAUUGUUUUGUUAACCGCUAACUAUUUGAUAUGGAUCCAGAAAAAAUAAUGGACGAGAUACGGUCCUUAAACCAGAGAUUAGAUGCUAUGACCAAGACAUUAAGCACGUUGGACCAAAAAAUAGACAAUAUCGCCAUAUCACAACGGAUUGGAGAUGAAACAAUGAGAAAAUCUGCUAAUUCCAUUACUAUUAUCAUUAGGCUUUUGGCUGGCUUACGUAAGUUGUCCAGUACAGAGUUACGAAAUACCCUAAUCGAAUCAGAUGCUCUUUUAAAUACUGUUCAUCCCAUUCCUACUACUGCCCAAAAUGCUGAUCAAAUUCCUGUGACUAAUGAUCGGUUAAAAACCAUAUUAAAAGAGGUAUUUGAUGUACUCAAUUCGUUGCCAGCUGUUGAUGAAUCUUUAAAUCAAUCAACUUCUACAACAAUGUUAUUAUCCAAUAAUACUGCAAUUGAUAAAAUCAAAGAAGAACAGAAAAUACAGUUUUGGAGAAAAUACAAAAAUAAAUACAAUUAUAUUGAGAAAAUUAAGUGUAAGCUUCCUCCUUUAGAAGACCCUGCCGAAGAAUCAGAUUCUCAGCAAAAUUCUAUAAUUAAUAUUGCUCAAAAUAAUGUAAGUGUCAUUGUACAAAAUGAUUCAAAUGACAAUACACAAAAUGAUCUAAAUAGCAUUGUACAAAAUGAUUUAAAUGAUAAUACACAAAAUGAUGUAAACGACAGAACACUAAGUGAUGUAAAUGGCAAAUUUACUAUACAAGACAUUAUACAAAAUAAAGCUGUGUAUGAAAUUUUAAAAAGUAGGCUUAAAAAUUCACCAUAUGAUGACCCAUCAUUUUUCAAAAAUAAUGUUAGAGCCACUCAGCUUAAUAUACAAUUGGCAAAUGGUGAUUCUGUUGUUAAACCAAUGAGUUGUGUAGCACCUCUAGUAGUACUAAAGAAGUUUGAUGAUAUGUGCCCACUUCCAGCACAAAUUAUAAAAACAAUGGGCAAACAUUUUAAAAGUACUUCGAGUAGGGAUUCAAACAAAAUAAAAGUAAACAGUUCCAAUAGAAAUAAUACAAGUGUAAAAAUGAACAAAAGGGAAACUAGAGCUAAUACAGCUAAGGAUAAAACAAACAGUUCUACAACUAAUGUUGAAACUAGUUCUAAAAAGCGAAGUUUGGAAAACAAAAAUAGUAAAAAUGAACCAUCCAAAAGAAGAAGAAAUUAAAACUACAAAAUAAUAUCCCAAUUAUGUCUAUUAAUAUUUGUAUAGUAUUAAUUCAUUUGUAGAUUGUUAAAAUUUAAAACCAAAUUUGUAUUCUUUAAGUAAUUUAAAAGAUGAAACGAGUAUAGUAAUAUUAUUUAUAUUAAAUUUUAUUAUUUAAAUUACACUACUAAUCAAUGAAUUUCAUCAUUACAUAAUAUUUAAUGGUUAUUUAAAUGUUUUUUCACUUAUUAAUGUAUAAAAUCUUUUGAUUUCAUUAUAAUUAUUCAAUACGCUUAAUUUAUGUGAUACAAAUUUAUAUAUGAAUUUAAUAAAAUUAUGCAAGGCCAUACCUAUGGGAGGGGCUUAAAAGUUUACUCGCAACAUUUUUCAGAUUAUUCAGAGAAAUUAAACAUAAUUUUUUUUUUUUAAUUUUUCUAUACCCUUCAGAAAAUUUCUCCCGAGUAUAACCUGGUGAUUAUACUAAUGACAACUGUAACUAAUAGGUAAUAUACUUUUGUUUGUAAAACUUAAGUGUGAAAUAUAUAGCUUAUUUCUACAUGUUUUGUGUGAAUAAAUGGAAAAAUAAAUUUUGAA